CGGUGUUCCCAGGGACCUGGGGAGGAAAGAGAAGUGUAGGUAAUUGGGCCUCGACCUCUUCUCCCCCCACGCCCCCUCUCCAUUGGUUUUUCCCUACUGCGGAGGCUGGGCCAGGGGCUGGGGUGUGGGGAGAGUCGACGCCGGCGGUGCGGGGGAAGUCACUCUGACUCAGGCGGGACUCAGGCUGAGUUUGACCUGGAGGCUCAGUGGGAAAUCUGGGAGGUGGUGAGUAGCCGAAAGAGCCGGUGCAUCGGGAAUUGAAAUUGAAAUAAGACCAGCCAGUGGAGGCGGCCCCUUCAUCCUCUCCACUCUGGGGCCAGCUGGAAGGUCGAGCUGUGAAUACUGGCUGGGAGAAGCGGCCACAAUAAAGCCAAGGAAGUGCCACCCGCGGCGGCGGGAAGAGAAGGAGGGAUUAGGAGAGUGUUGGGACGGACCGACUGCCAGUCGGCCGCGCAGUGCGCCCGCUCUCUGGAAGCUGGGGGCUGGGGUGGGCGGAGUGGGACUGUAGCGAAGCUUUGGGCGUUUGGACUGUGGCGUCCCUCCUGUCUCCCCGGGAGCUGUUUCACUCUGAAAAGGAAAGUUGUCUCCACUUUCCGGAAGCCCCUUCCUCCGGAAGGCCCCAGCCCCUGGCGCCCUGUUUAGCGAGUGGGGAGCGUCCCCCGCCCAGCCCAGGAUAGACAGCUAAACGCGAUGCCUGCGGGGUGCGCCCGGGGCCCCGCUGCCGCAGCCGCUGUCGGGGACCGGAGAUUGCGGCUGGCCCGGCUGUUGCUCGUUCUCCUGGGCUGGGUCUCCUCGUCCACCAGCACUUCCUCAUCGUCUCCAUCGUCUUCCUCCACCUCUUCGUCUUCUCUAUCCUCUGUGUCUGCUCAGCCCCCGCCCCAACCGCCGCCGCCUCCUGGCCACUGCCCAGCGCCCUGCGAGUGCUCCGAGGCGGCCCGGACCGUCAAGUGUGUGAACAAAAAUCUGACCGAAGUGCCGGGGGACCUGCCCCGCUACGUGCGCACACUCUUCUUCACAGGCAAUCAUCUGGCAGUGCUCCCUGCCAGCGCCUUCGCCUCUCGCCCUCCUCUGGCCGAAUUGGCCGCUCUCAACCUCAGUGGCAGCCACUUGCAAAAUGUGAGCUUUGACGCCUUUGAGCACCUGCCCAGCCUGCGCCAACUGGAUCUCAGCCACAACCCGCUGGUAGUCCUCAGCCCCUUCUCCUUUUCUGGUGGCGGCGGCAGCAGCAAUGCCAGCGGCUUGGAUCGGAGUUCCCUCGCAGAGCUGUUUCUGAACAACAUUCUGCCACCCGGUUACUCGGACCUGCACAAUCUGAGCUUCAGUGGCAUGGUGGAGGUGCUGCAAAGUAGAGGUGCUCUGCGCAACCUGGUCCGUCUGGAGCUGUCCGGCAACAACUUCAUUUCCCUGCCCCAGGAAAUGUUCUCUGCUCUACCCAAACUCAAGCACCUGGAUCUCCACAACAACUCUCUGGUAGGUCUGGGCAACCUGGCCUUGAGCAACCUAACGCAACUAGAGACCCUCGACCUUGGGAACAAUGCGCUCAAGACCUUGUACAAUGCUACCUUGGUCCAGCUGCAGGCUCUACCCAAUUUGCGGGUCAACCUAGACAGCAACCCGUGGCGGUGUAGCUGCGAACUGGCUGAUAUGGUGGCCUGGCUCAAGGAAACCAAUUUAGUGGAAGGCAAAACCACCCUCUCCUGCUUCUCCCCAGAAAAAAUGAGGAAUCGUCCCCUGGUGAAACUCAACAGCUCUGACCUGGACUGUGGUCCUCCCUCUCUAGUAGACCCUUUGCAGACUUCUUAUGUCUUUCUAGGGAUAGUUUUAGCCCUCAUUGGAGCAAUUUUCUUAUUGGUUUUGUAUUUGAACCGCAAAGGCAUAAAAAAGUGGCUAUAUAACAUCAGAGAUGCCUGCAGGGAUCACAUGGAAGGUUAUCACUACAGAUAUGAAAUCAAUGCAGACCCCAGGUUAACAAACCUCAGCUCUAAUUCAGAUGUCUAAGAAAUGUGAAGAAAGCAGAGCAUUGACAACAGCUAUGCAUGAGAUGUAGACUUAAGCUUUACAGCACCCUAGGCUUGCUUCCCCUCCACCCUUCACUAAAGAAACUACAAACUUUGAUGGAAAGCCAUGCAGGAACUCUGCUUCCAUGUUUUAUGUAGCAUUCUCUGGUGUUUUCUGUUAACCUAAGACACUGGACAAUUGCACAUAGUAUUGACUGGACAGAAAGAGACUUGCUGUCUCCCUACUCCCACCCACUCUCCACCUGUUUUUGGAACUUUGUCCGAACUUGUUUGGAGGGAUUUUUCAAGUUUCAUCCUGACUGAGGACUUCUUGCAGUCUGGUUUUCUCACAGUACAGUGCAAGGUGUAGCAAUUGUACAUACCAUUCAACAAAAGCUGCCUCAACUUGUUUGAGAACCUAUUUUAUUUGUCAAUGCUGGUUUUAUUCUUGUAUACCUAAAUUGCAAAGAAAACAGUUUCUUUCCAUAAACUGCCUGCAGUCUAGAAAGCUUUUUCUUCUUCUUCAGUAGUGCACAGAGGAGCAAACAAUUAGAGAGUGUGCAUGCCUACAGUAACUGUUCUGCAUAUUACAAAAGAUAACUCCCAAACACAGACAAUUCUUCGAAAAAAAGGAAGUUUCUUUGAAAAAAAUUGCUUUUGACUGCAGUUUACAUGAAGAUACUCAAGUUUUUUAAAUGUAAACUGCAUCCAGAUUCAAUAGAAUGAGUUGUUUAAAAAUUUCAAUAAAGGUUCUUAAAAGAA